CAAACUCGGAUCGGCUGUGAGAACUAACGGUAGAACGCUCACUGUCAGCGAUUGCAACUAAUAAGGAAGAGUCCUUUUACCCUCUCUCGUUACUCCGCCGGGUCGUACCUUCCUUGAAAGGCACCGUAAUCCCUGCUUCGAUUCCUGCCUACCUUCUCUGCUGGCUUCGUCGUUCGUCCCUUCCUUGGUGCGCACUGACUGGCUCCGAGUCCCUGGGAAUAUGCCACAAUCUACGAUUCCGUCGGCACCGUCCCGCAGGUCGGCCUCGUCCACGUACGAUCCGGCGCUCGUCCAAGCCUUGUUUGAACAAGCCUACCAUUUGCCGGGCAAUGACACGGCCUUUCAAGAUUGGCUCGCCUACAUGGGUAACAAUCAUCCAAUAUUGGGGUUGUGUCUGGCUCAUCCGGCGCACCCCGCGACCCGCGCCACACGUCUACUCAUGCUACUCGCUUCGGUUACCUUUGGUCUCGUCAUUACCAACAUCUUUUACUUGACCUGGAUCUACUACGAAGAAGAUUACGAAGUUGAACUCUUGGCACUCAAUACCACUACCGGUGUACAACUUGUCGACAAUACCUACGGGUCCGUACAGGUCACCACCGGUAUGUUGAUCCUAUGGUUCAUUGGUGGGAUGGUGCACGGUGUCUUUGAUCAUGUUCUGUGGUGCAUGGCCACGGGUAUAUUCCCCUGCAGUGGCUUUCCAAACGUGGCCAAACGGAGUAAUAACAACAACAACAACAGCAACCAUACAAAAGGCCGCGAACGCAAUUGGACUCUGUACAUCAUGAUUGUCAUUGUCAUGGUCUCCACAGCCAUUGCCACACUCGGUGUCGUUUUAAAUUCCGCUAUGAACGCCGAAGACCGCAUCGACGACGUGGCUCAACGGGCCCCGGCGGAAACCCUCAACUCGGUGGACGGCGCCGAAGUGGGCGAAUUCAUGCUAGGGUUCGCGUUGGAACUCGUCAUGGCCUACGUUCUGUACUUUCCACUCGGGGAGACCAUCCUCUUUACCGGCAUUCUCAGCUGCAAUGGGCGUCUGGCCAUGUUUGCGGGUCGACCGCAAGAGAUAGAACAACUCCGCGAACAGCAACGUCCGCAAGCCAAAACGAAAUCGCUCCAAACCGAAUCCCGCAUCCAAUCCAAACAGUCCGCAGUGUAA